UGAAACAGGAAAAACUACUUCUUUUUUGUUUUUUUCUAGAUACUGCAGUGUCACAGCGAGCGCCAAUUCUGAGUGGAGGAUGUGCUUGUGAAACUGGAACUAAAUCGACAGGGAGGGAUUCCUGCCCGUUCUCAGUGAUCGCCUUUAAAGUCUGUUUCUCUGUUUGUUCCACUGUCAUCGACAAAGAUGGAUCUGUAUCUGGCCUUUCUUACCCUCACUGUUUUUCUCUCAACUGAUGCUCAAUAUACACACAACUUUUUCACCAUUAAUGGAUGUUCUGAUACAGAAAAAGAGACUAUGUAUGGAACUGACGGAGAGGAGAUAUGGCAUGCUGACUUUACUCAAAAGAUGGGAGUAACUACAUUACCUGAUUUUGCAGAUCCUAUGAGCUUUCCAGGAUUUUAUGAGAUGAGCGUUGCAGAUCAAGAAAUAUGCAGACAAAACUUAGCUGUAUGCAUUAAAGCUUACAAGAGCCCAGCAGAGGAAAUGGACCCUCCUGAGACCUUCAUCUAUCCGAAGGAUGAUGUUCAGCUGGGUGCUGAAAACACCCUCAUCUGUCAUGUGACGGGCUUCUUUCCUCCACCUGUCAGCGUCUCAUGGACCAAGAACAAUGUCAUUGUGACAGAAGGAGUGAGUCUGAGCCAGUACCGCCCGAGGAACGAUGGAUCCUUCCACAUAUUCUCCUCUCUGAAGAUCAUUCCUGAAGAGAGAGACAUUUACGGCUGUACGGUGAACCACAGAGCCCUCCAGGGACCACAGACCAAAAUAUGGGGUGUCCGAGAGACGGCUGCUCGCCCGCCCAGUCUGGGUCCGGCCCUGUUCUGUGGAUCUGGAUUCACUCUGGCGCUGCUGGGAGUGGCUACGGGAAUCUUUUUCUUUAUUAAAGGAGCUGCGACUGACAACACAGAUAUGGCAAAAAAAGAAAAACAUUUCAUGCAAUGGACCUACCAAUAAGGACAGUUUCUCGAGUAUUUUGAAUCCAAUGAUACAGUGCAUUUGUGUGUCAUUUGAGACGAUGGACACCACCGCUGGUGUUGAAGAUCCAUAGAUACAUAAAUGCAAAGAUCUGGUUGAACCUUGGAUGAAAUCACCUCAUGAAAUCUUUGCUUGCUAAUUUCUAUGUAGCACUGUUCAUACAUUACAUUGACAGUUCAUCAAGUAAUCUAAACAAAUCAUAAGCUUGACUUAAUAAUUAAAAAUACACGCUAAGUAACUUUUGCUGCUCUAGCAGUUAAUAAAGAAAAUUAAAUGUGGUUGAAAAUGAAGUAUUCUUAAAACUUGCAAUCUUGAAUGCAUUUUUUCCUUAUAUUCCAAAUAAAUACUUAAAUUAUG